UGUCAGCUGAGCUCCAUGCGUCGGGUCACAGUGGAACAGACCCACACCGAGUCGGACGCUCCAACGCUGCCGCCUGCUCCUCUCAGCUGCUCCUGUCCUCUGGCUGCAGGGAUGAAGCACCUCCUGGGAUCGAUCCUUCUGCUCUGCUCUGUGAUGCUGCACGAGGGUUCUGGACUUCGCUGCUACAAAUGCUCAGAUUACACGGGACGCUGUGAGAACGUGCAGGAGUGCACUUUUGAAGACUCGUGCAUCUCCCUGAGCGAAAGUGGUGGGAAGACGAUCCGUCAGUGCAUCAGGUACACGGACUGUGACAUUUCCCGCCUCAAGCAGAUGUUUCCGGCGAUAUCCAGCUUCUCGUAUCGAUGCUGCAACAGCAACCUCUGCAACUCAGGCAGCGCAGUUACCAUGGCAACACCUGUCCUGGCCCUGAUGGGCUCCCUGCUGAGUGUCUGCUGGUGCUGGCUGUGAACAACCGCUGUCACUCUGCAAUUUUAAAAAAUCGAUUAUCUUUAAAUAACAUCUGCUUCUCAGGUCUAAACACGUGUUUUUAUAUUUACUUCCAAAUUCCUAUUUUGUGGGUUUAACAAUAAAUGAAGAAGUUGAAGGUU